UGGAGACUGGGGCCGUGCGUCGAGAGCGGAGAUGAAAGGGGCAACUAGAAAGCUGUCAGUACUGUCAGUAGCGUCACCUCGAGAAAAAAUCACCAUGUCUACUGCUUUUUACGCCUGCCUUCUUCUUUUGUGCCUCCAAACCAGCGCUGAGGGUUCGGAGCUGACCCCACCAGAGAACCUCACCAUGAUCACCUUGAACACCAAUUACACUCUGAGCUGGGACUGGGACCGGAGUUCUGCAGACAAUCACGCCAUCAGCUUCACCACACAAUAUGUGGCGAAAUACAAGCUGAAGUCUAAGAAAAAGAGACCCACCUGGUACACAGCGUGUGAGGAGACAUCAGAAAGGUCAUGUGACCUCACCAAGCUAAACCUAUACUACCUGGGCAUCUACAUGCUGCGUGUACGAGCCAGUGUUAACGGGAGUCUCUCCAACUGGGCGCUGAAGGAGUUCUGCCCCGAUAAAGACGCUGCUGUGGGUCCUCCAAGCAAAGUGGAUCUUUCUCUUGAUGGAAGUGUACUCGACAUUAACAUCUCCGACCCUCUGACCAGCACCAACAGCUCCAUGAAGGACCAUCUUGAAGAGCUCUACUACCACAUCAUCUACUGGGAACGCUCCGAAGACACACAGAUGCUGACCAGCAAGGUCAACAUGGUGACUUUGUCCAACCUGAAGGCCUGGACGUGGUACUGUGUGAGCGUCCAGUCCCGCUAUGACUUUUACAACAAGAGCAGCAGCUUCACCCCACCCAACUGCAUACAGACCGAAGGUGCUGUCCCAUGGUGGCAGGUCUUUGGGUACUUCCUGGUCUCUCUGGUGAUCUGCUUCCUCAUCAUGCUGCUCUUACUCUGUUGCUUCUUUUGGUUUUACAAGACCCUGAAGUCUACGUUUUUCCCCUCCAUCCAGCUGCCUUCACACUUCGAGUAUCUUUAUGACUCUCCUGGCUCUGACAUUCCACGCCUCCUCACUUCGGAUUCAGACUCAGGCACGUUGUGUAAUAAGGUAACCAUCUGUCCCGAGCCACCUGUGCUGGAAAUCCACGAGCCUCCCCCUGAGGUCCUGCCAGUACACCCAUCAGGCCUGGAGCCAGACAGCAGUGGCAGACACAGUCGUCAGGACAGCAGUGGCAGUGGAGACUCAGGAGUGUACUCCACAGGGGGCAGCUCCAGCCUGCGGCAGCCCAGCAGCAGUCAGUCCUCAGUGCAGACUGAAGACUCCGGGCAGGGCCCCUUUGACUCUGAGCAGGUGAAGAUGCAGGACAUGGCUCCAAGGCUCAAGACUCAUCUUCUGAUCGCAGACGAGGGCAUCGUUGACUUGUGUGUCUGAAGACAUGCACGCUAAGACAUUUGCUGAGAGGAGCAAGGAUGACAUUAAGGAAGACAGAGGUUUGUGGAGAAUGUGCAGUGUGCCUUCACUCCAGCUGUCACUGUGAAACGCAGAGAACAGCAUCAUGUCCAGACCAAACAAAUAAUUUGAAAAAGGACCAUUAGAAAACAUGAUAAGUGAAUGCCUCAUGCAGGGAACAGAACUCAUCUGCUGUGAUGUCACUUCCAAGGAGGAGGGAUGUGUUCUUCACUGUUGACUCAUUCCUCUUUACAGAUGCUUUUAAAGAUGCUCAUGUGACCUUCUUUUUGGCACCAACCAGGAAGUGCUGAACCAUGACUGUACUGAUAUUAAUAUGCUGUGCGUUCCCUUCUCUAAAGCUACUGUCUGAACCUUCAUUCUGUGAGUGGUCGCCCUAAUCUGAGCGUUGACAGAAUCAGUGUGUCUGUGACAGAGACUGCCUUAAAGGAAUACUUCACCCCCAAAAUGACCUUUUGUAUAUCACUGACUCACCACGUUACCUUGAAUUCAUUCAUUUGUUUUAUGUCUCUGGUGUCAGUAAUCGACAGCGUGGAGGCAUUAUGUUUUCAUGUUGUCAUAGGGACAACAUGUGAAGGCAAUAUCUCAAGAACGCCUUGAGGGAAUUUCUUAGACUUUGAUACAAACAUUCACUUUAACUCCGUGAUAAACUGAUAAGAUUUAGGUGGUCAAAGGUCAAGGUCCUCGUGACCUCAUCUGUCUCAUUCUUUCGAUUGCGAUAUCUCAAGAAAGCCUUGAG